CACACCAGGAUCCCGGAUUACCGACGAACCAUCCUCACCUUUCGCCAUGGCAAGAACGGUCUCGAUGCUCGCGCGGGCCGCCCGUGAGGCAUCGGCCGGAGCUCGCGCCGCCCGCUCAGCGGCGGCGGCCGCAUCUCGUGCCGCCCGCUCAGCCGCCGCCGCCGGAUCUCGCGCCGCCCGCUCAGGCUCAGGCGAUGCCUCCUCGAAGCCCCGUGACGACGCUCCCUGCUGCUCCUUGUGUAACCUUCGCUUCCCCAGCGACAGCGGCGGGCCCUUGCCAGCGUAUUCGCUGGAUGAGAUAGAACAGAUGAGGGAGUUCAGGAAGAAUCAGGCGCCUCCCGUCGCAGAAGAUGCCUCCGGAUUCGAGAAGUUUAAGGCUAUGGUAUACUCGACAGUUGUGAAAGUUCCGGUCGCCGCAGUAGAGCUCUACUUGGAUGUUAGGAGCACUAUCGAACACUAUGUGUGGCGUGUCUUCACAUCAGACAAACUGCUUCCAGAUCUACUUCCUCAAGAGCAGCAUGUCUUCACCCUAGUUCUUGAUCUGAAUGAAACUCUUUGUUACACUGAGUGGCAGCAUGGGAGAGGAUGGGUGCCCUUUAAGAGGCCUGGACUUGACGACUUUUUGAAACAUAUGGCAAAAAUUUAUGAAGUUGUUGUGUAUUCGGAUCAACCACCUAUGUACGUUGACCCUGUGAUUUAUAGGCUGGACUCAAAGGGUUAUAUCAGAUACAGGUUAUCAAGAACUGCAACUAAGUACCAGGACGGAAAAUUAUUUCGGGAUUUGUCAAAGCUGAACAGAAACCCUGCGCGAGUUAUUUAUAUCAGCGCGCAUUCUGAAUCUUGCUUCCAGCCUGAAAAAUGUAUUCAGAUCAAACCUUGGAAACUUGAGGAUGGUGAUACCCAACUGCAGGAUCUGAUUCCAUUUCUUGAGUGCGUUGUGUUUGCUUCUGACAUUAGGGUAGUGCUUGCAACCUAUCAAGGUCGUGAUGUUGCUACUGGGUUUCUUGAGCGUUUAAGGGAAUACCAGAGGCUUAUGCAAGAACAAGACUGAGUCUUGCCGUGACGGUGAUGGAUCUUACCAGUUGUGCGGGGUGUUUUUGAAGAGCACACGGAACCUAUUGGCUAUUGUUCGCAUUCGCGGGCAACUGCUAUGAAGGAUAUCUUGGUAGUCUUGGCAAUUUAGAUUGCUCACUUUUGACAAAUUUUAAUGCUCAUUCCAUCAGAUUCUGGUUUGGAGUGAGGCACUCUUUUAAGAACAUAGUUACAUACAACAUGAGUUAAAUAUUUUCACGCUAUAA